UACAUUUGUAAAUUCGGAAAGAAGUUUCAGUUGUCAAGAACAUGAAAAAAAGAUCAGUAACAGAUUGGUUGAUAACUCUUCGCAGGAAAAGUAGCUAACGUUAACUAGCUAAAUUAAUCUGUUUCUUUCUGACGCUUCAAUUUGAUUCGAAUGUCUUCAGACCCUGGUGACAGUGGAGGUAGCUGCUAGUUAACCAAAUAAGCAAGUUAACCACAGUAAAUGUAAACUGUGCCGUAAUCGAACACGUUCUCAUUUGUUGUCUGAUUAGUUGUUUUUGUAUUUCAUAACGAUUGCUAGUCAGUUUAAAACAUACUCCGGUUAGCUAACUAUCGCAAAAGUAUGCUCGAGCGGCAGAGUCGAUAUCUGCGUUUAUAAACCCAGGGUCGUUACACUACUCCCUCCUUUCAAAUAGCCCGUCCUCGCGCUGGCUUGCGACUCUACGUCUUACAGGAACGCGCUCACCAGCCAAGCACUUGCACUGUUGUGGAUGCAAGGUCCGAUCACUUCUGACACCAAUGUAAUAAAACAGCAGGGAGCAGGUCUCGAACCCUCGACCUUCUAGCCCGAAGUCCAGCGCGCUAACGGCAAUACGUGAUACCACCGCGACAGGAGCUGUAAGACAUGGCGUGUUUGGUUGCUGUUUGCAGGGACGGGGAAGAGGACUUCCCUUUCCUCGCAAGACAGAUUCCCCUGUACAUCGAUGACACUCUCACAAUGGUGAUGGAGUUUACUGAGGAUGCCAUGAACCUUGACAGUCACCAGAUCAACAGCUCUGAGAUGAAGCAGUUUGUUGAGCAUCACAGCAUGCUGAAGCAGCAGGACCUGAACAACGCCAUGAUUGUGUCGUCCAGGGAGAUGUUCAGCUCCCUGUCCCAGCUGGUGCCUUGUGUGGGCUGCAGGCGGAGUGUGGAGCGCCUCUUCUCCCAGCUGGUGGAGUCUGGGAACCCGGCUCUGGAGCCCCUCACUGUGAAGCCCAUCGGCGUGCUCUCUGUCACCAAGGCCUGCGUGGUCAACGCAAAAAAGCUCUACACCCUCUUCUACGUCCACGGGUCAAAGUUGAAUGACAUGAUCGACGCCAUUCCAAAAAGCAAAAAGAAUAAACGCUGCCAGUUGCACUCCUUAGACACACACAAACCUAAGCCACUGGGGGGAAGCUGGAUGGAGGUGUGGGAGCUCAUGUCUCAGGAGUGCAGGGAUGAGGUCGUUCUGAUUGACGGUGCCUGCCUCCUGGAAACCCUGGAAACAUACUUGCGCAAACACAGGUUCUGUACUGACUGCAAGAACAAGGUAUUGAGAGCGUACAACAUCCUGGUAGGGGAGCUGGACUGCACUAAAGAGAAGGGCUACUGCGCUGCCUUGUACGAGGGUAUCCGCUGCUGCCCCCACGAGCGCCACGUCCAUGUCUGCUGCGAGACGGACUUCAUCGCCCACCUCCUGGGCCGGGCCGAGCCCGAGUUCACCGGAGGUUAUGAACGUAGAGAGCGGCACGCUAAGACCAUUGACAUUGCUCAAGAGGAAGUGCUGACCUGCCUGGGCAUCCACCUGUACGAGCGGCUGCACAGAAUCUGGCUGAAGCUGAGGGCAGAGGAGCAAACCUGGCAGAUGCUCUUCUACCUUGGCAUUGAUGCUCUACGCAAAAGUUUUGAGAUGGCGGUGGAGAAGGUGCAAGGCAUCAGUCGUCUGGAGCAGCUGUGUGAAGAGCUGUCGGAAGAGGAGAGGGCCAAGGAGCUGAAGCAGGAGAAGAAGAGGCAGAAGAAGAAGAACAGGCGAAAAAACAAGUGCGGCUUCAACAUGUCCGACGGCAAGGAGAAGAGCCUGGAUGAGCCUUCAUUAGAGUCUGUGGAGAGAAGAGGCUGCAAGGCCUGUGGAAGCCCAGAUGUGGAGGGUCAUGUCGGCUGUGUGGAGGUGGUCGUCACCAGCAACGAGAGCACUACUUCCUGCAGCUGUCCAGAUGGCACCGUUCCCAAAGUCAAGAAAGGUUUGUCACCCCACAGCAAUGGGAGUGACUGUGGCUACUCUUCUAGCAUGGAAGGCAGCGAGACUGGCUCACGGGAGGGAUCUGACGUCGCCUGCACUGACGGAAUCUGCAACCAUGAGGAAGCAGGAGACUACUUGUGUGGUCACCAUCAUAAUCACUGUGAUGAAGACGAGGAGGACGGGGUAUACAGCUGUGUGGAGUGCUGGGCUAACUCUGAAGAAAACUUGAAGGGCAAGAAAAAUGUUAAGAAAAGAAAGAACAAUGGCUCGUUAUGUAACGAUCAGGGUGGAAAAACAGAGGGUUGUGUGAUGGAAGGGUACAGGAGAGGGAAAAACACUUCUACAACGUCACCUGUGUGCAGAACCAAAGAGACGUGUGCCAAGUUGUGCUGUGACACCUUUUCUAGCAUUGCACUGCAGUUACCAUGGGCAGGACAUCAAAAGAACAUGAGCCAUUAUCUGGAGGCAAACAUGUGUGGUCAGGGGAACACCAGCACCAACAGUCUCAUGAAACUACUGGACGACUCUGAAGUGACUUCAGACGAAGAGAACUGCCUCACGCAGGAUGAGAUCCAGUUGUUUGUGGAUAGCAACAAGUCCUUCUACAACAACCGCCACCAGUACAGACAGCACCUGAAGGAUAAAUUUACCAAGUACUGCCGCGGCGGUGGAGAGUGGUUCGCUGCUGCCACCACCAGCGUCAAUUAAUGAAUUCGCUGCUGUUGCACGACUCUACUGUCGUGAAGUCUUUUUAACACAUGAUUAUUACCAUUGCUCUGCGCGUACCGCCUUUAAAACAAAUAGAAAAAAAUCGAAGUACAUUUUGGUCUGGUGUUUAUUUUGUCCCCCACUCUGUAGUUGAAGUAAAUGUGAAUCUUAAUUUCCCCCAUGUGUUUAUCUUCUCUCAAUCUAUCUCUGUCCCGACUGUUCACCUAUCUUGUCACCUCUCCUCAUUCACCUUGUCGCCCCAUCUUUGUUCUCCUCCCUCCCAGCCUGACCAGUUUCUUUCUGGUCUCAUUUUGUAGGGCUGAUGGAUUUAUUUAUUUUUUGUAGCACAGUAGAUCUGAUAAUCAAGCUUGCAAGCUGUGACAUUAGGAUUUAAAUGUUGGUAGUCAGUCCUGUGUUGUUUUUCUCGCAUAUUCAUUUUUGUGUGUCUCGCUUAUUACUCUGACACUUCAUUUUAGUGGAAUAAGUUGCACCAAUAAAUGUGUACAUAAAUGAAAUGAUCUGAAUAUAAAGAUUUUACAGUAAGACAAUGUGUAAGAUUUACUAAAUAAAAAAUAUUUAUUAA